UCUUGUAAGAAGACAUAUCGAGGAAAAAGUGUUUUAUUUUCUUAUUUACUUAAAAUACCAUGGAUAUAUAACUACAAGUUGCAUCAAGUUGUCAAAAGGACUAUAAAAUAAGGUUAAAAGGAAAAUUUUACAAAAAUAAAGGUGUUUUUCAUAAUUGCUGUGAAAAUUGAAUACGUCACAUUCGAAUUACUCAGCCAAAUUCCAAAGAGCAACCUGAUGCAAACCUGAAGUUCUAUUUAUAAUAACCAAAAUGCCAUUUGUGUCAUCAUAACCUUUAUUCGAUUAGAAAAAAAUGUGGUCCUGAGGUUUUAUCUCCGUUAUCGUGAUAUGACACCGUUUCAGAUACGGGCUUGUGAUAGUGCCAUACAGCAGGAUACCACCGAUUAUUUACCAUCGAAGGACAGAGUUACAAGAUGGGAUAUAGCAGGUUUUGUCUUUUCCAUAAUCACCCAUUUGGUUGAUGUAGGAUUGGACAUAAAUGUCGCUUAUAGAUAUUAUGUGGAUAAUCCCAAUCAGUAUUAUUACGUCUUAACACUCAUAUUUAUAUUGGUUCCUGCUGUUAUUAAUACGGCUUUUAGUAUAAAAAUGUAUUGCCAAAAUAAAGAAGAUACUCAAAUGAAACCAUUAACAAAACGAUUUACAAAACGAAGGCUGUGCUACCUAAUAAUACUUCUAUUUCAACUGGCGCCAGUACUUAGAUAUUUUGAUGCCUUACGAUAUGCCAUUAAAUCAAAAAAGGCUGAGAAAGAGAAAAAUAUCGAAAACCAAAGGAAAUAUUAUAAACUGAUGAUUCAAGAGGACUCUGAUGUGGCUUUAUUAAGAGUUUUAGAGUGUUAUCUCGAAGCUGCUCCUCAACAAAUUCUUCAACUAGCCAUUAUUUUUUAUAAACAUGGUGAUGGCAAUACUUUAACAAUUGUCCAUCAAUUAUUAUCGAUUGGAAGUUCUUUUGUAAGUAUGGCUUGGUCCAUGGCUUCGUAUCAUAGAUUAUUAAGAGUUGCUUUAAUAAAUAAGAAUAAUAUAAGUUGGGGAGGAACAAUAAUGCAGUUUAUGUGGCACUUUCUUGUUACAGUUUCAAGAAUAAUGUGUAUAAGUGUAAUAGCAUCAAUUUUUCCUUAUUACACCGUUUUGGUUUUAUCAGUUCAUUGGUUUGUCAUGGUAAUUUGGUUAAAAAUCACCUCAGAUCAACCUGCAAUUUGUGGCAACAAUAAAGUCUUCGAAUAUUUUUUCUUUGCCGUUUUUGGAACGGUGUAUAUUUUUACUCAUAUUUCAUUAAGUCAAGGCAGGACCUUGGUAAGGUAUGUAUUUUUUUAUACCAUUUUGUGUGUGGAAAAUAUCAUAGCUAUGAUAAUUUGGAUGUUGUACUCUGAUGAAGUGAUACGGAGCUCACCCUAUUAUUUACCUAUAAUUUGUCUUAAUUUUAUUACUUUUUUUGUGGGCAUCGUAUUUAUGAUUGUUUAUUAUAAAAUAUGUCAUCCCAGUACUGGUUAUAUUCAAAGACAUUUAGUUAAAAGAUGAUUUUUAAUGAUAUCGAAUUUUUUUUCUCUAUUAAUAUAAAGUGUUUUGUGUUGUUGCGAUUUUUGCUUAGUUAAUUAUUUAGAUAAGUACAAAUCAUUUUAGUUAAUUUUAUCAAGCUUCUCAUUUUAUGAUUUAGUGCAAUUUUUAUACAAAUCAAGUCUUUCUACAAAAAAAGAAAGACUAAAAAAUUAUUUAUUUCUAUAAUAUAUAAAUAUUUAAUUCUCCAAUAUAUCGAACAAAGACUAUGAAUCUACUUUCUAACAAAACUUUUGAAAUAAUCCGGCUGUGUGUACAUAAUCAAAUGUAAUUUACUCAAUUAUAUAUUUAAAUUUUGUAUUAAUGUAUUCUUAUAAACAGUUUUGUAUACUAUAUAUUAUAAAUAAAAGAAAUUAAUUAUCGAUAUUAAAUA